UUUGCACCAGUCAUCGGCAGUACUUGUUCCUGUGUCCGCAGCUUUGGUGGCUUCCGUUCCGCGAUCGGUGGGUACGUUCGUGGGAAUAUUUAAGUUUGUUUCAAACGCUUACUUGCUCCCGGUGUCUUUGUGAAACAGUGCAUACCGUUUAAGUAUUGGUAAGCAGGUGUCCUAUUGACAAUAAAAGGUUGAUGUUUUGCUGAGAAUUAUGUCGGAUACUGAUGCAGGAUUACGAUCGGUCACACGUCAAGUCAGCUGACAUAUUGCGCUCCACUACACCGCAACAGCCUUCGAUCGGUGGGUGAAAUAAAAUGAUUACGUGCUAAAACUCUCAGCAGAGUGCGCGGAGAUUCGCCAGGCGACUUACAACCGACAAUUUCUCGACGGACUCUUUUUUGUUACGAUAUUUAAGCACGAUACGGAUAUACGAAGCGUUUACUUAAAUGCUUGGAACAAACUUCUACUCCAUGUUGUGACUACAUGGUGACACGCGGUCGUAAACGAGCGAUCGGCAAGAAAGCUGUGGCAGAAAACAGUUAGUUAUCCUGUGCCAAGCUGACUAUACCUAUUCACUGUUAAUCAAGACAGUGAUUUCAAAUAUCAUAGAAGAAAAAUCAAUUUUACUGGCACAGAAAUAUUGUAACAACAGCUCAUAAUGGAACGUGAAUCUAAUCCAAUGCAAGCUUUGUGCCGCAGCGGUUGUGGAUUUUAUGGCUCGCCAGCCACUGAUGGACUUUGUUCUCUUUGCUACAAAGAAAAUUUAAAAAAGAAACAACAACCACCAGUAUCAGCUGCAACUGUUCCAACCUCACAGACCGUUUCUGGUAACGCUGGCACGUUGCAAAGCGGUUUUGGUAGUCCUGCUGUUACAGGAACUACAGCCCAACCUACCAUUCCUACUAUACCUCAAUCAACGACAGAUCUACCCAAUCCUAAAGAAGUUAGCAGGGAAGAUCAGGACAGUGAAGUAGGAGUAAGCGUUACAGUAGCUGAAGGUUCAGUGAGUAGUGGUGAUACAGAUGAGUGCUUCGAUGGCAAAGAGACUGAUAAAGAAUCUAAGAAGAAGAAAAAUCGUUGUGCUGUUUGUCGCAAAAAAGUUGGAUUAACUGGAUUUGAGUGUCGUUGCGGAGGACUAUUCUGCUCCGUGCAUCGAUACAGUGAUAAGCACGACUGCAAAUUUGAUUAUAGAGAAAUGGGCGCUCAAGAGAUACGGCGCAAUAAUCCAGUUGUUGUUGGUGAAAAAGUGCAAAAAAUUUGAACUAUUUAGUGUGUAGUCGUUGGGAAAAUGGUUAUAUAACUAUAUAAACAAACAGAAUAUAAAACCCAGAAGAAACAAGAUAAAUUAUCUGGCAGCUGAUUGUGUGUUUAGGAGUGAAAUAUACAUGCAGAAAAGUAUGAAUGACACAGAGUGUAAGAGGUGCAAAAAAAAAUUAAUUUCAGAUAGAAAAUUGAAAGGGGGUAGAGAAAUAGAACAUCAGACAGCAAACGAUUUGUUUGAUUGCCAAUUAGAAUGAGUGUGUGAGUGUGAAUGUUUCAAAAUUGGACAUCAGUGCCAUGUCAGAUUGUCAUCUAGCGAGAGUUCUAACUGAGAAUAUAUCUGGUUACUAACUGCUGCCAGCUUACUAUUACUAUUACCUAUUAUUAUCUUUAUGAUUAUUACAAUUUAUUAUUAUUCUAUAUUAUGUUUAUUAUUAAUUUACUUAAACGCAAAAAUUCGCGGAUAAAGUUUGUUUUUAAGAAGAUCCAGAAUUUUUGGUGCAGUCAGUCAGUCGGCAAACAAUUAAAAUUAUCUCGUUAGCAAUUUCAAUUUAAUCGCAAAUUUUAUAUAUUGCUGUUUUGUUUCUAUAUCAAGAAGGGAAUGUUGCUUAGAUAAUGGCUGAUAUUGAUGGGUGAUCACAAUCUUAGGUUAAUGAUUAGUCUAAUAAUUAUUAAGUAUAUUAGUCUAUUGAUUCAUAAAUAAUGCAAUGAAGUAUAAGUAGUAUUGUGUGUUUAUGUGCAACUUCACGUGAAUAUAACCAGCAUUAUUACUCAUUAAAUAUGUUUCAAUCUAUAA